CCCACUGUCCAGCCGCCUCGCGUCCUCGGGGGAUGUAGAGUCUGAUGCCCGUGUGGUUUUCACCAUUGGAACUCGAGGGAUCGAGAGAAGCCAGGGCCCCACUCAGAACAGACCUUUUCAGGGUCUCAGGGACCAAGGUCAGGUCCUCAGUCUUUGUGGUAAGUGCCUGUAUAGACUGAACCUCCUGGCUGGCUCCCUGUGUCUUCGCUCUGGGGAAGGAGCAGAGCUGGAGAUGGUUUCUAUGUCACAUACCCUCAUAACAGCUCCUGGGGCCUGGCUCUGUCGCCACCUCUCCUGCUGCACACCCGGCUGUGCUGUCCACACACUUACACUUCUGUUAUUAGGAUGGAACGGUCCUUGCUGCUCUCCGCCACUCUCCAGGAAAUUCCCCCUGAGACUAGGAGGGGUGGUGAGUGGGAACCGGGAGGGUGAGACAAGGCAGGAAUCCUGGUUGCAAGGUGGAGCCCUGGGGUAUCUUGGGGCCAAUGAGAUCUCUUGUCCUAUCCAUGGUCUGAGCGCGGUGGGGCUAUAAAGACCCGGUGUCUGCAGUGUCCUGCUGGCUGGCCUGAGGGCGCAGGCAAGGUGAGUCUUCACUCUAGCUCUUUAACCCCAAGGGGUGGGACACACUUAGAGUUCUUAGCCCUGGCUUCCCCUCUGUCCUCGGCCUUUAGUGCCUGGGAUCUCUGGCCUGUGACUUUGUGUGCACAUGUCUGGGUGGUGUGUGUGUGUAUGUGUGUGAUGGGGUGGAGAUAUCUUCAAUUUUGCCGUCUUUCUGGCGCCCCUCUUCCGACGGCUGGGGCUAGACCUGCAAGCCUGCCUCUCCGAGUAUGCUGAAGAGCCUGCGGUGUGUCUCCAGGGAAUGGACCCUGAAUUGAGGCUUCUUGCUCAAAAGGCCAGGAGCUGCCGUGAACGGUGGGGGCAGCCUCAGAUCUGAGUCCUGUGAUCUUUCCUGCCUGGCUUCAGCACCGCGGAGAGGGAGACUCCUUGGGGUGGGAUCCCGGCUCUGUACACAGCCCCUCCUGGGGCCACCCACGGUCUCUCUUUCCUUUCCUUGGUUUUGGGGAGCCGCGCAUGGAGACCCCGGGUGUCAGCCGUGCAGGGGUCCCACGGCCCCCGAAGCAUUUGUGGAAGCAGCCACGGUGCCCCAUCCGCAUCCAGCGGCGCUUCCACUCGGACCCGGAGCCCAGUGAGUGGCCUACGCUCGUGAAGUCCUGGCGCUCGUGGCCCAGUUCCUUCCACCUCCGCUUCGACCUGGAAAAUGGGUUCGCGAGCUGCAGAGGCCCCUUGGACCCUCAAUCUGGCCGAGUCCUCCAGCCCCCUGGCCAGCAAGGCCAGCGGCGCGAGUCCUUCCUGUACCGCUCCGACAGUGACCAUGAGCCUUCAUCGAAGGCUGUGUCCCGAAACUCCUCGGUGGCCAGCGACCUACAUGGAGAAGACAUGAUUGUCACGCCGUUCGCCCAGGUUCUGGCCAGUCUCAGAACUGUCCGCAGCAACGUGGCCGCCCUUGCCCAUAGCACAGGCAGCGCCACCAGGCAGCCGAUCUUGGGGACCCCUCCGUGUAGUAGCCAGCUGGUCGCCCCCACAGAGGACACUGGGCUGCAGCUGGCGCAGGAGACGCUGGAGGAGCUGGACUGGUGCCUGGAGCAGUUGGAGACACUGCAGACGCGGCGCUCGGUGGGAGAGAUGGCGUCCAACAAGUUCAAGCGCAUGCUCAACCGCGAGUUGACCCAUCUGUCGGAAACCAGCCGCUCAGGGAACCAGGUGUCGGAGUACAUCUCCCAGACCUUCCUGGACCAGCCGGCGGAGGUGGAGCUUCCCAGGCUGCCCACCGAGGACACACGGCCCAUGUCCCGGAUCAGUGCCCUGUGCGGAUCCCGCCCGGCCAGCCUCCCCACAACUGCCGUCCCCCGCUUCGGGGUCCAGACAGACCAGGAGGGGCAGCUGGCUAAGGAACUUGAAGACACCAACAAGUGGGGACUUGAUGUGUUCAAAGUGGCUGAGCUGAGCGGGAACCGGCCGCUCACAGCCGUCAUGUUCAGCAUUUUCCAGGAACGGGACCUGUUCAAGACGUUCCAGAUUCCAGCGGACACGCUGCUGACGUUCCUGCUCACGCUGGAGGCUCACUACCACGCUGAUGUGGCGUACCACAACAGUGUGCAUGCCGCGGACGUGGCCCAGUCCGCACACGUGUUGCUGGACACCCCUGCCCUGGAGGCUGUGUUCACAGAUCUGGAAGUCUUGGCGGCUAUCUUUGCAUGCGCUAUCCACGACGUGGACCACCCGGGCGUCUCCAAUCAGUUUCUCAUCAACACCAACUCGGAGCUGGCGCUGAUGUACAAUGACAUGUCGGUGCUGGAGAACCAUCACCUCGCGGUGGGCUUCAAGCUCCUGCAGGCAGAAAACUGCGACAUCUUCCGGAACCUCAGCGCCAAGGAGAGACUGAGUCUGCGCAGGAUGGUCAUAGACUUGGUGCUGGCCACAGACAUGUCUAAACACAUGAGCCUCCUGGCCGAGCUCAAGACCAUGGUGGAGAUGAAGAAGGUGACCAGCCUCGGGGUCCUGCUCCUGGACAACUACUCCGACCGCAUCCAGGUCCUACAGAGCCUGGUGCACUGCGCUGACCUCAGCAACCCCACCAAACCACUGCCACUCUACCGCCAGUGGACUGACCGCAUCAUGGCCGAGUUUUUCCAGCAAGGUGACCGUGAACGUGAGUCAGGCCUGGACAUCAGCCCCAUGUGUGACAAGCACACUGCCUCUGUGGAGAAAUCCCAGGUGGGAUUCAUUGACUACAUCGCCCAUCCGCUGUGGGAAACAUGGGCUGACCUGGUGCACCCCGAUGCUCAGGAGCUGUUGGAUACUUUGGAAGACAAUAGAGAGUGGUACCAGAGUCGGGUACCAUGCAGCCCCACCCACACCGUGGGCCACGAGCGCUGCGGUCCCGACAGGUUCCACUUUGAGCUAACGCUGGAGGAGGCUGAGGAGGAAGAGGAUGAAGGACAGGCUCAGCACUGAGUAUCCAGUCCUCAGAGUCACCUGGCACUUAGCUUCUGUCCUUCAAGACCAGCCCGGAGCACAGGGUAGACCUGACAAGAUUUGGUCUAGCCUACGGAUGCUGGUGACUUCUGAAGUGAUUUCUGGCCGUGUCAGCUUCUCUCUUCACCCGUCAAAGUGCACAGCCAAGAUAUACUCAUAGACAAAUUUUGGGUUCCAUUUGGAAUCCUGCGGCUGGGGCCCACUGUGACCUCAGGCUUGGCAUCUGGGAUUGGCAUCUGGGCGGCGCCUCCUCUUGCCUCUCUGUCCCGCUUCCGUCUGCUAGGCCUGGGGCUCUCUGUGUUUUCCUUGUUUGUUUAGUUUCUUUUCGACGCUGAAGAUGGAAGCCUGGGUUCCCGCGCGCUCUGUGAGAAGAGUGGUCCCAGCCCCAACAUCACUAUUUGCAUCCUUUGAUGUCAAUAGGUGUCUGACCUCCAACCAUCCAAUCACAGAACUUUACUGAGUCCCCCAGGGAGAAUCCUUUUUGUAAAUAGAGACAGGGAGCAGCUUCCACUGAAGUCUACUGUCUUCUGACACCAGAGACUGUGCAAGACUCUUCAUGAACACUGAGAGGCAGGUGACCCUCUGAGAAGACUCCACAGGCCUCUGACUCCCUAUGAUUUGUUUACACAUCCAUUGAUACUGCUGGUAGGGGUCCUCCUUGUAGUAACCUGGAGAUAGGGAGCGCCAAAGGAAUCAAACCAGUGUGUAGGGUAUCAGCAUACUCAACUGUGGGUCCCCAGAUUCAGGAGGAGGAGGGGGAGGGUGCUAUGCGAGUACAAGAGAGCUGGGGGCGUGGUUGGGAUGGAGCCCAGCCUAGAAUGCCCCAGUGAGGGGCUUGGGGCAUGGCUCUGGCUUAGCACAGCUUUAGCAUGUGGGAAGACCUUAGUUCCAUUUCCAGCACUGUAAAAAUAGAACAGACCUUGUCAGGGUCAUUCACUUGUAGGGAAACUGAGUCACAAGCCAUCCCUCAUGCCUUCUCAAAGCUUCCAUGCAGAGAAUGGGCACUGAACGCUGGCGCCUUCCGGGUACUGUGUGACUGCCCUGUGACUGCUUCCCUGCUUAUCGUUUUCUGGCUUUUAAGGGCGCCUGCCGCCUGCUCUGACGUCCAGCCUACGAGCAGAGGACACUGAAGUGACUUUCUUUCCAAGUGGGUCUUUGGCUGGGGUGACAGGCAUGCGUCAUAGGGCCUUCCCCCUUCCCUGUUCCCUCUGGGAAGACGCUAGGGUGGCAGGACAGUCCAGGUGGCAGGCGACUUCCUCUGUAGACAUCAUGGUUCCGGCUCUUUGUCCCUGGGGGGUACAGAAAGCCCUCUGGGGUCACACAUGGAAGGCUUCCCUCUUGCAGAUGUUUUAGGGGCUACCCUUAGAGAUUUCCUGUUAAACAAAGUAGUAUGUGUUGUCUGAGGGAGAAUUUGGAAGUCACACAAAAGUAUAAAUAAAAUAAAUUAUUGGGCCACCAAAAAGA